UUUAUUCAAUAUAAUGGGGAAAUAUAUUACUAUCACAUUAGAUUAAUUAAUUUGAUUAGAUUCCAUUUUGUAAAUUUAUAAUUAUCAUCUUAAGAGAUAAUUCUAGUCAAUAUAUUGUUUUUAUUUAAAUUAUGAAUUUGUUUAUUUUAUUAUUUGACACCUGUGUUCUAAUUUAGCAUAUUUUCAUAAUAAACUAUUCUUUUUAAUUGUUUCUUCUAUUGGUUUAUUUUAAUGAAAUUUUGUUCUUUUGUUCUUUUAUAAUUUGUUUUUUAUUGUAAAAUGAAAGAAUCUAAUUUUCCUGAUUGUCAUAAAUAUGACAUCACUUCUAAGCUCUCUCCAUACUUGGAGCCUAAGAUGGUAUUGUAUGUUUUAGACUGGUUGAGUUCAAAGAAUAUAUAUUCAGCAGAUGAUUUGAGCUCUAUUAGAGAGGAACUAAACAAAAAAUUGCAGUCCCGUAAACUAUCAGAUGAAGAGUUCUCUAAAUUGGAAACCGAUUCUUUAUCUAAAAUAGAACAGUUUAAAGUCGUUUUGUCCAUGUAUAAAAAGGAACAACUCCAUAGAAUCAGUUCAACUUUCGAAAAAACUACUGUUCCAUCAUUGAUACAAUGGGCCAACUCAUCACAGUUAAAUGUUAGCACCGACUUCCCACACGACGUCGACGAAUUGAUUUUAAAGUUAGCAAAAGCAUAUUUUGACAGAGAAGAUUACGAGAACUGCAAGUCACUACUAAUUUACUACGUCAACUCAGUGUCAAAAUACACAGUAGAAGGCUCUUCAACCAGGAAUAAAAUGAAGUGUUAUUGGGGAAUCAUAAGCUGUAAUAUGCUAAGCGUACUUCUCCCAUCAAGCCACGAAGAAUUGCAAGAAAUGUCCUCAAUGGUAAUCGUGCAACAGGACUCAGACAAUGAUAAGGAUACCACACUUAUCGACCAGAGAACUCCUAGAUCAGGCGUUUAUUGCGUUCUUAAGUUUGCUGAACUUCUGAACUCAGAAGAGAUGAGUCGAGACAAAAAGGACCUAAUUUUGAAGAGAUGCUGGCUGUUGCACUGGUCACUGUUUUACAUUUUCAAGUACCACCUGGCCCUGUUCCACCUAAGCAACAAGAGCACAAAGUCGUUUGAAUGGCCACAGCUCCAGGAAUACUUCCUAGAUGAGAGGAAUCUGGCAGUCGUUAACCUGUUAACGCCUCACUUGCUGAGGUACUACGCAGUGUACGCAAUUCUGAACAGGAAUAGGAAGGAUCACUUCAAGACAAUAAGCAACGUAAUUGCAAACACCAAACAUAAAUAUAAUGAUACGUUCACAUCGCUCCUGGGUGCACUCUUCGUUGACUUCAAUUUUGAGGCUGCCCAAAAACACAUUGUUGAAAUCAAAGAGGCCUGCUACGUUGACGUGCUCCUAAACCCGCUCAAGGACGCAAUUGAGGAAAGCUCCAGGCACAUUAUAUUUGAAACCUACUGUAGGAUACACAAGUCAAUAAACCUAGAUAUAAUUGCACAAAACGUUAACAUGACAUCAUUGGACGCUGAAAGGUGGAUUGUAAACAUAAUUAGACACUCUCACGUCGAGGCGAAAAUUGAUAGCGAAAAAAACUGUGUAGAAAUCUCGACAGUACCCCCUAACCUGUACCAGCAAGUCAUUGAGAAGACUCAAAAUUUAACCCUGAGGUCAAAUAUGAUCCUACAGAACUUUUCACAAAUGACUGGGAGCGCUGACAACACACUCCAAAAUAUGAGGACCUCAGAUUUGGGGGACAGGAAUCUCCAGAGAAGACCGUUUGUUUAUAACCAGCAAAAAAAGAAUCAGCAUAAAUUUAACCAAGGAAAGGAUUUUCAACGUACUGACCAGGAAUCAUUAUGGUGAAUAAUUUUCUAAUAAUUGGGAGUUCAAUUUCUAAAUAUCAAUUGAUUAAUCUAACUAAAUGUACAUAUGUUCGGUAAAUACUAACCUAAGAAGUGAAAAAUAUAUUGAUAAAUUAAGUUGUACUCAAAGGGGUGAAAUAAAAUAAAAUAUUUAAUGUGGACGACCGGGGCAUCGAUCCCCGUACCUCUCGCAUGCCAAGCGAGCGCUCUACCAUUUGAGC